AUGGAGCGCCACAAAGCCGCCGUCUCCAAAAUCGCCUCCACCGUGCGCUCGCUGUUCGCCGCCCGCGAGCCGUACCGCAUCUUCCACGGCAGCACCAACUCCACGCGGCCGCGGCCCUCUGCCUCCUCCCGCACCGUCGACAUCUCUGCGCUGCACAACGUGCUCGCCGUCGACACGGCCCGCCGCGUCGCCCUCGUCGAGCCCAACGUGCCCAUGGACAAGCUCGUCGAGGCCACCCUGCCGCACGGCCUGGUCCCGCCGGUGGUGAUGGAGUUCCCUGGCAUUACCGCGGGGGGCGGGUUUGCGGGCACCGCGGGGGAGAGUAGCUCGUUCAGGCAUGGGUUUUUUGAUGAGACGGUGAAUCGGGUGGAGAUGGUGAUGGCGGAUGGGGAGGUGUUGGAGGUGACGCCUGGGGGGGGAGAGGGCGGAUUUGUUUCGGGGGGCGGCGGGCGCGGUGGGGACGCUGGGGAUGACGACGCUGUUGGAGGUGCGGUUGAUGGAGGCGCGGAAGAUCAUGGUGUGGUGGUGACGGGGCAGUUGACCGAUGAGAUGCCUACUGCGGGGGAGAAGGUGCAAACGUUUAGCGGGCCGUGGGAUCCGUGGUUUUAUCUCCAUGCUAAGGAGAAGACGGCGCCCGAGAAGGGCGUGGCGGGCGCCGCGCCGGUGGAUUAUGUGCCGCUUGCCGAGUACCUGUUCCGGUAUGAUCGGGGAGGGUUCUGGGUCGGGGCCGCGGCGUUCCAGUACUUCAAAUUCGUGCCGUUCACCAGGUUCUUCCGCUGGUUCCUCGACGAUUUCCUCCACACGCGCAUGAUGUAUCGCGCGCUGCACGGCUCUGGCGAGAGCGCCCGGUUCGUGGUGCAGGAUAUCGCCAUGCCGUUUGAGACGACAGAACGGUUCGUCGACUACACCUCGUCCGAGCUCGACAUCUGGCCGUUGUGGCUCUGCCCGCUCAAGAAGCGUGGCCCACCAACCUUCCACCCGUUCACCACUUUGCCCGAGGGAGUCGAGAAGAAAGAGGAGGAUAUGAUGCUCAACGUCGGUGUCUGGGGCUGGGGCCCGUCGGACUCGGCUGAGUUCGUCAAGAAGAACCGCGAGCUUGAGAACAAGGUGCGUGAACUAGGCGGUAUGAAGUGGCUAUACGCGCACACGUACUAUCCGCAGGAUGAGUUCUGGUCCAUGUACGGCGGUCGCGGGUGGUACGAUGCGCUCCGGGAGAAGUACAACGCCAAGACGCUCCCGACUGUGUGGGACAAGGUGCAUGUUGAUCCCGACGUCGCCGGUAAGAAGAAGCGGCACUGGCUGAAGAAGCAGCCGCCGCUGGGUGGCUUCUACGGCAUUUACAAGAGCAUACAGAGCAAGGACUACAUGAAGCAUCGCCGUGCGUUGUGGAAGUGGAAGGAUUAG